CAAGAUGGCCAGGUCUCCUGCACUGCUCCUGCUGCUCAUUCUGGGAUUCUGCUGCCCUGGGAUCCAGGGCCAGAAGUACAAUAUGAAGGUUGGGUUUCGUGACAAAAGCAUCAAGCACCCCCGGAUGGGACAGCGGCUGGAGCUGGAGUGUCUGUCUGCCAAGGAGGACAGUGGCGUAUCGUGGCUCCGCCUGGACAAGCACGGGACCCUUCACUUCAUCGUCUUCAUUUCCUCCCUGCCCCGGACUGUCUUCAGUGGGAACAAGGAGACAUCCACGCGCUUCGAGGCAUCAAAACGCAGCAACUCCUACUGGCUAGUAGUGAAGUCUUUCACGCUGGAGGACGAAGGGAAAUACUUCUGCCUCAUGAACAGUAACCAAAUGCUGUACUUCAGCCCUGGCCAGCCUGUCUUCUUCCCAGUCACCACCACAGUGGCAUCCAGCACACCAGCACACACCACCCAGCAUGGCAUCACCCAAACGGACCCCUGUCUGAAGACCCGGGAUGCAGAGACCAACAAGGAGAAAAAGCUGAAUUUCUCCUGUGAUAUCAUCAUCUGGGUUCCCUUGGCAGGCGCCUGCCUCCUGCUCCUGCUCGCCUUGGCAGUCACUGUCAUCGCCUGUCAACAAACCAGAAGACGAAGGUGCAGAUGUAAAAGACCUGUGAAUGGGAAGCCCAACGCGAAAUCUAGCAUGCCGAACCGACACGUAUAAGCAUCUGUGCCUUCUGGCUCAUCUUCUGGGAGCUGUCACUGCAUAAGCCCAUCACCCACGUUAUCUAUACUGCUACUACUUCUCACGCACGCUACCUUCACUAAUUUGAAAAGACAAGAUGGAGCAGACGCACAGACAGCAAGCAGACGCUUUGUCUGUGAACCACACACUCAAGCACAGCUCCUUCCAAACCCUGAGUUUUUUCAAAUUAAUUCCCAAAGCCGAACGCCACCUCUAUUCCCAGUGACAGAGCUCCGUGGCUCAGGCAAAAAAACCAGGUCAGUCGUGAUGCUGACAUGUAUCAGUGAUAAGCCGAUGAGAAAUAAGGAUAUUAGCCAGAUCCUUCCUCAAGAGUGUGUAAUAAUUCUUUCUAAAAUGCAGCUGGAAGUUGAAUUUGCUACAAGAUUCCUCAGAAAUACACACCCUCUCUUUGCGGUGCCACGCAUCUCCUAGUUUUACUGUUUCAUUUAAUAUAACACAGGGCUGCACUGAGAAGGUAAAUAUUGAUUAGAGAGCCUUACUUUUUAAGAUUUUACAACCCUGUGGGGUAAGGUUUACUGUUUCCCCUCUUGCUAUCCUUGUUCUGCUGCUAGCCCCACCUCCACUGAUUUCAGCAGUUUUGCCUGAGCAAGGAAGGUGGGAUUUUCUUUCUUUCUGGAAGAAAUGGAUGAGUGGUAAAAAAAACCGACCCAAACAAAAAAACCCACCAGUCUUUGUCACUCACUUUGGUUAAGCAGGACUUUUAGCACAGCUUCUUGGGACACAUUGAUUGUCUACAAUGAGUUCUGGUCUUUUGCUCUGUAUUUGAUGUAAAUAUUUCCUUACUACACUUCCAAAUCAAGAACUGAGAAAAAAUAAAAUGAUGUUUCUAGUCAGACUCAAUAACGUUUCUUUCUUUCUCCAGUUCCCAGCCUCAGAAAAGCUAAAACUGUUCGUGAAAAGAAUCACUGAGGGUUUGAGGAAGUCUUGGGUAAGGGAAAAAGGCAACAAUUUACAUACCAGCCUGAUCUCUCUAAAAGUA